CUCAAGGCAAAGCUUCUUCUGAAAGGCUGUUUCACAGUGGAAAUAUGCUCAGUGCUGCCUUAGUGCAUGAAUGAAAAAGCCUCCUGUUUCUUUCUAGCUUGACAAAAAUGGAUCAAAAAUCGCAGAUCACACUGGCACUGCUGCUGUACCAGGUCGUGGUGUUUGCCAUUGCAAAAGAUUUUGAAUGCAUCCCUGGAUUUCAACAGAAGAUAUUCUACAUUGAGCAGCCACCAGAAUUUACAGAGGAUCAGCUUGUUCUCAAUGUGCAAUUUGAUGACUGCAAUGGCAAUCAGAAAGUGGUGUAUGAGGUCUCAAAUCCAAAUUUUAAAGUUGAACCUGAUGGCUCUUUAAUUGCAUUAAGAAAUAUAACGGAAGCUGGAAAAGCUCUGUUUAUCCACGCACGCACUGCUUACUCAGAUGAUAUGGCAGAAGUCAAGAUUCUAGGAGGAAGGGAGAGACAUAACUCCUUAAAGAAUGUGUUGAAAGCUCCAAGACACAUGUCAUUUCUGAGGCACAGAAGAGCUAUUUUAGCUCCUCCUACCGGCAUUGCAGAAAAUCAGAGGCCCCCAUUUCCUAAAAUAGUGGCCAGGGUAGUUGUAAGUGAAAGGACACCUGGAUCUAAAUUCCGACUGACUGGGAGAGGAGUUGAUCAAGAACCCAAAGGGACUUUUAAAAUAAAUGAAAAUACAGGAGAAGUUUUAGUGACAAGAAGUCUUGACAGAGAAAUUAUUCCAUUUUAUGAAAUGCAAGUUGAAACUGUGGAUGAAAGUGGAAAAACUAUUGAGGGUCCUGUUGACCUAGAAGUUAUAGUUAUUGAUCAAAAUGAUAACCGACCGAUCUUCAAGGAAGGUCCAUACAUUGGUCAUGUUUUAGAAGGUUCUCCUACUGGAACUGCAGUUAUGUCCAUGGUGGCAUUUGAUGCCGAUGACCCAACCACCGACAAUGCUGUGCUCCGCUACAAUAUUCUCAAGCAAACUCCUGACAAACCUUCCCCAAACAUGUUUUAUAUUGAUCCAGAAAAGGGAGAUAUUGUCACUGUGGUGUCUCCAGCCUUACUGGACAGAGAGAACAUGUCAUCUCCUCAGUAUGAGCUGAUUGUAGAAGCUAAAGAUAUGGCUGGUAUGGAUGUGGGAUUAACUGGUACAGUUACUGCUACUGUCAUAAUUGAUGACAAGAAUGAUCACCCACCAGUGUUCACUAGGAAAGAUUUUCAAGCCAACGUAAAAGAAGGUGUGACUGGCGUGAUCGUCAAUAUAAGUGUUAAAGACCAAGAUGAUCCAAUGACUGGAGCAUGGAGAGCAGUAUAUACCAUCAUCAAUGGGAAUCCGGGCCAGAGUUUUGAGAUUCAUACCAACCCAAAAACAAAUGAAGGAAUGCUAUCUGUGGUCAAACCACUGGACUAUGAAAUUUCUGCAUUCCACACUCUGUUGAUCAAAGUUGAGAAUGAAGAACCACUGAUUCCUGAUGUAGCAUAUGGACCUAGCUCAACAGCAACUGUUCAGAUCACUGUCGUAGAUGUUAAUGAAGGUCCAGUUUUUCAUCCUGACCCAAUGACAGUGACAACAAUGGAAAAUAUACAACUCGGAUCUACAUUAUACACUGUAAAUGCCACUGAUCCUGACACAUUACAACACCAGUCUAUACGGUAUUCCAUAUUAAAAGAUCAAGCAGGCUGGCUGAAUAUUAAUCCUGUUAAUGGCACAAUCAACACUACAUCUCUUCUGGAUCGGGAAUCAACAUUUGUUCAAAACAAUACCUACACUGCCUUGAUAUUAGCAAUAGACAAUGGUACUCCACCAAGUACGGGCACUGGGACUUUUCAGAUCAUAUUGGAAGAUGUCAAUGACAAUGCACCCUACAUGUACCCAACCAUAGCAAGGGUAUGCGAAGACACAAAGGACCUCAACGUUAUCAUCAUAGGAGCAAAUGAUCGUGACCUUCACCCAAAUUCUGAACCUUUUAAAUUUGAGCUAAACAAACAAACAACGCCUGAUAAAGCCUGGAAAAUUACUCCACUUAACAGUACCCAUGCCCAGGUCAGUCUGCUUCAUAAUCUGAAGAAAGCCAAUUACAACUUGCCGGUCUUGGUUACGGAUUCUGGAAAACCGCCUUUGAAUAAUAGCACAGAACUAAAAAUACAAGUGUGUUCAUGCAAGAAAAACAAAAUGGACUGCAGUUCAGCUGAUGCGCCCCAUGUCAGCGUGUUCCUAUUUCUCUUCUUUUCCCUCUUCAGUUUGUGGUGUCUGUGAGAUCUCCUGACUUUUGUAAGCUGCCUACAUCCUUGCCAUGAUAACAGAAAGAUGGAAAAAGUGUUAUCUGAAGAUUGCAGUUUGCAUUAACUUCACGACUAGGCCUCAACUGCUCCAGACUCAGUUUAAUUUGCAACCUCAAUUAGCCUGUAAAAACAGUACAACAGUCCUUGACAGCAUCUGUUCCUGCAUUCUUUGUAUUAAUGGAUCCCUGCUGAAAUGCAACUGUUAAAACAAAAGAAUUUUGGCUGAACGAUACAAUGAACAUGACUGUCUUUGACCUUCUUGAGGAAGAAAACAGAAUGAAUACAUAAACACACGCUUAUAUAUUUUGAUUUUAUGAAACUGCAAUGAUUUACAAAACCUAAAACAGUUUGUCAGAUUUGUGUGUAUGAGUGCUUAAUUUUUAUUACAGACCACAAGAACACCCUUAAGCAAGUCCUAUUCGCAAUAACCAACAUGUUUCAAGAAUGCAUGUUGUGUUCAUUGAACCAAAACGCUUAGAGACGCACACAGACGCAUUACUAAAUGAGUCCGUGUUAAUAAGAUUACCAAUCUGUAUAUGACACGAAGAAAACAUUGCAAAGCCGUGAUAUUGGAGUAACAGAUUAAUAAUACUUUCUGUGAGACUAAUAAUAUAAUAAAAUGUUACUUAAACACAUUAUAAGACUGUUAAAAUAAUUAGAGUACUUUAACCCCUUCUUUGCUGGAUAAGCAUGAAAUGCUUUGAGAUAUAUGAACUGAUAAUUUUCCUCCCAAUUGUAGAAGAGUCAAUUUGUUGCUUAAAGAAUAGUUAACAAGCCCGUGCCUGUGUAUAACAGUCCACACAUUUUAAACAUUUUCUGUUUUCUGUAAAUCUAUUAUUUAAAUAAUUUUACAGAGCAACAGAGUUUAGAAAUAUAUUUUUCUUAUAUGCUCAAAAGUUUCAACAAUUAUUUUUGUUUUAAAAGUUACAUGACAAUCUGAAAGGGAAAAAAAGUGACAGAAAUAUAAAAAUUCAGCAACCAUAAUCUGUAAACAAAGAGAAAAUUACAAUAAAAGGUUUCUAAAAUAUUAUUGUUAUAAUUUAAAGAAUACAGGAAUAAAAUAAUGGCUUGGAUCCCAAAUUGGAAGUAAAUUCAAGGAAAUAAUGCACAAUUUAUAUGUAUAGGUUUGUAGGAGGAGAUUUAGGAAAAAAACCACAAUUAUCAGUUUAUUCUACUUCCAAUUAAGGUGCAGUUUAAAGGGAUACUGAACCCCAAUUUUUUUCUUUCAUGAUUCAUAAAGGACAUGCAAUUUUAAGCAACUUUCUUAUUCAUUUCUAUUAUUAUUUUUUCUUCAUUCUCUUGGUAUCUUUAUUUGAAAAAGCAGCAAUUUAAUCUUAGGAGCCGGCCUAUAUUUGGUUCAGGACCCUGAAUUGGGCUUGCUGAUUCGUUACUGCAUUUAGCCACCAAUCAGCAAGUUCUACCUAGGUGCUGAAGAAAAGAUGAGCUGGCUUGUAAGCUUACAAUCCUGCUGUGAAAUAAAGAUACCAAGAGAACGAAGAAAAAUUAAUAAUAGGAGUAAAUUAGAAAAUUGCUUAAAAUAGCAUGUUCUAUCUUAAACAAUUUGGACUCAGUAUUCCUUUAAGGUUGUCUCUGCCUGUGCUAUUAUUUUUAUAUAAAUUUUUGUUUUGUUAAAAAACAAAUAGAAGCACAUCUUCCCUCUCAUGCAUACAGCACAUUUACACCUAGAUUUAGAGUUUUGCGUUAGAAGGGGUGCGUCAGCUACACGUGAUUUUUUUCCCCCCGCACCUUUUAAACAACGCUGGUAUUUAGAGUUCUCUGAAGGGCUGCGUUAGGCUCCAAAAAGGGAGCGUACAGUAAUAUUUUCCGCCACUGCAACUCUAAAUACCAGCGUUAGAAUGAUCCCAUUGAAAAGAUAGGAUACGCAAUUGACGUAAGGGGAUCUGUGGUAUGGAAAAGUAGCGUUAGACCUUUACCUACAAAACCAGCGUUAGGACCCCCUAACGCUGGUUUGGACGGCUAAAGCAGAACUCUAAAUCUAGGCGUUAGACUUACUGAAAAUACAUUAUAACAAUAUUUUCUAUCAGUCUUAAGAAAGUGUUGUGAAGUAAAUAAAAUAAAUUUAUCUUUCACUAUGUGAGCAUGUCAAAGUUACAUGUGUUGAGGUUAGUAUAUUAUUCCAUAAAACUGUAAAUUAAACCAUCUGAGCUCUCACCAAAUUUUUAUAAAAUAUUAUUAUAUUACAUUAAAAGAUGGGGAUUUUCAAAAGUCCAAACGUAGCUAGGGUGAAAGUAAGUGUCUUAGAAAUGAAUCCCAUUUUCUGCUAGAAAUGGGACUGUUAAACUUAGUUUUAAAACAAAAUAAACAAAAAAAAAGCUUUCUUAUGCAACUAGAAAUUCUCAGCUGCAUUGUUUGACUAGCAUUUUUACUGUAUUUUUUCGGUCAUAUGUUGUCUUUAAAAAGUGUUUAUGAAGAAAAUUCUACACAGUGUAUGUACUUAAAUAGUUAAUUUUAUGAGAUGCAUUAAAAACAGAAACACAAAUUUUUGAUAGUGCUAUUCUGAUUAUGAAAUGUGUUUUGGAUAUGUAGAACAUGUAAAAUAGUUGAAUAUUUCUUGCACUGUUACAUACAAGAUGUAAAAAAACACAAAUAAGGUAAUUGAUUGGGUAUUAUUUUAUUCUAAGUAUAUUGUGAUUAGAUAAUCAUACUGAUAUAUUUCUUGAUGGCAAUAGAAAAAUGGGGUGCCAUAAAUAAACCUAAGAGGAUUUUAUUUCCCAAGAUAAUACACAUAUAGAGUAAAAAAAAAAGGAAAGUGUCACAAACAACACUUUAAAUAGAUCCUUUUAAAUCCAAGUAUCAUGAGCUCCAGGUACCUACCAUGAACAAUGGAUGUACUCAUAAGGAUUAUAAAAGGCAACAGCAGGAAAACAUUAUGGGUAACAAUUUUAGUGCACAAUCUUGAUCCCUCUGUGACUUAAGUGCUAAAAAAUUAUUGGAUUGUCUACUAAAAAAUAAAACAGAGCAAAACAAUUUUACAAAAACUCUAAAGAAAAAAAAAAUGUAAGGAAUUAAUAUACAUAACAAUAAAUAUAUAUGUAAAUUAAAUAUAAAGUUUAGUUGAUAAACUAAGUUAAAUCAUGUUAACUAUAAUGCGGAGCAGUUCCUGCUUUUUUUAUCCACUAAUAACUCAUAAUACUUUUUUAAGUGGUUUAUCAUUUAAUUACACAACCCACUCAUAGCGGUCAAGCCUUUAAAAAAAAGAAAGGACAUUUAAGAAUGUAUGAUUAUUGACUAGAUUAUAGUUAGAUUGCUUGGAAGAAAAACGAAAGAGUGGAUGGGGAAAAUGCAAUAACAUGUCUAAUGUGUAUACGUUUUUCUCCAUUGACUUUACGUUAGCAUAUUGCAAAGCAAUUGUUUAUGUAUCUUUACUUCAAAAUUAAAAAUAUACCAUAUAUAUAUCCUUACAGUUAUGUAUAGUUAGAAAUCUUGAAUAUAAAUGUUAACCCCACUCUUGGAGAAAAUGCACAUUGUUUUCCAAAAUAUAAGAAGGAAGACUCUUUUGAGCAGAAGUUAAGAUGUACUGACAAGAUACAAAAAGCAUAUAGAUAUUUACAAAAAAAAAAUAGAAAUUUUGUUUAGGGAUGUCCCUUAAGUGCAUGGGAAAUUAAAGUUUGUUUCUUGUUUUACCCUGAUUUUUGGUUAGACGCUAGAUUGAUGUUAUUCUCUGUGAUACGCACCAGCCUGAGGAUGCAAUUUUGGAAUCGUGAUUAUUCUUUCUUAUGUCUGUGCCUGUCUGGCAGAGGCAAGCUGUCUGCAAUGUAUUCCACAGAACAUCAUUUUAGAGGCAUUAAUAUGCAUUAAUCAAGGGUAUUAGGUUAAGAGAACAACAAUAUAAUUUAACCCUGUGACUACAAUAGGGAGCAGAAACUCAUUGCAUCUCUAACAGCAAUUACACAAUCACAAGUAUAGAUAUUAACAUUAUUAUUAGUGGCAUUUUUCCCCCACUAAAUUUACUCUAGCAUAGUGCACCACUUUUACAGUGGGUUCCUUUUUUUUUGCUGCCUAUACUUAUGAAACAAACAAAACUAAAAGCUAGUUGAUUUGCAAGUUGCUAGAAAACAAAAUACAGCUUCUAGCCUCAUCUGAUUAUGCAUAUUACUAAAUAAUAGCUGCCAUUACAUUGGGUCAAUAUGACCAGCUGCAAAGGAUUUUUUUUAAUCUAGCUGCUAUAUCAUAUAGCAUUUUAUAUAGGCAUCACUGGGUGCCUAUAUAACUGCCAUUAAUCAUUCUCCCAGACUAUGGUUAACCUUUUGUCUGACCCAGUCCCGACCACUGUUAAACCUAAGUAUAAUCAGCUCAUUACAAUACUAUCCUUAACACCCAAUGUACCCCUGUGUAGAGGUCUCCUGUACCAUAAACCCUUUUAGAUUAUUCUCUCCUGCUACAAAUAUCUCCAUUUUCACAAUCUCCCAUCACAUUUAUCCCCCAACCCCUAACCCUCUUUAUAAAGAUCUAACCUGACAAGUUUCCAAAACAUAAUUAAUAAAAAAAAUCCCUUACAAUGUUCUUUCUUUAAUUAAAUAAUUAAAUCAAAACAAUUCCUAGUUAUUUUGAAAGUGUGGCCAUCCAUUUUCCAAUCUUAUUGCUUAACAUAAUUAACCAAUUACCAAUCAUAAUUACCACCAUGUACCUUGUAUGUUGAAGAAAAAGCCAACCACGCUGUGGUUUUAUCAUUAUCAGUGACAAACAUGGGAUCUAGGUCUAAGAUUACUGUGGAAUUACAUGAACUGAGCUUGUAAGUUUUUAUUUACUUUUGUUUAAUAUUAGUCGUUAGGUAAAUAGCACGGCACAAUAGUCAAUAGAAAGGGAAAUCUAUGUACACAAAUACGCUAAAUAUGUUGAUUAGAUAUCAAUUUAAAUAGCAACGCAUUAAAACUAAAGCUAUCAUAUAUUUCUUACAUUUAUCUUUUUAUUAUGUAUUUAAAGUAAUUUUUAUUAUUAAAACAAUUAUAAUAACUAUUUACACAUUACAAUCUAUCUAUCUAUCUAUCUAUCUAUCUAUCUAUCUAUCUGUAUAUCUAACUCUCUAUCUAGCAUUUAUCUAUAUAACUAAACACUUUUGUUAUGUAUUUUUUUUAGAGUCUGCAGUGCUAAUAGAAUAGCAGAUCCCAACCAACUUUUUUUUCUGUGUCACCCUGAUAUAAUUAUAAGUUUGUGUAAUAAUCAUGAGUUAUAUUUAUAUAAUUUGAGGAUCCAAUGAUAAAAUAUUAUAUAUAUAUAUAUAUAUAUAUAUAUAAUUAAAAAUAUGUGCACAAUAUUACACAGUUUGUUUUACUAAAAACUAUAUAUAACAAAUAAAUAUUUUUUUUUAUUAAGUACCAAAACCUCUGUCAACAAUUUGAGAACACUCAUUCCUCUUUCUACGGGACAACCUGUGCCAAGAGUUAUAGUGAGCCAAAGUUUCCCCUCUCAAAAAUUUGUUUUCAAUCUUUUGAAUUCUCCAUGUACCCAAGUAAACUUUCUAAGAAUUAUCAAACUAAAUUAUUGAGCUUUACCUACAAGAUAGUCACUGCAGGUCAUGUAGUCAAAACCUUAUUUUCUAAGAGUUUAAAAGGGAUUGCAGAAACAUUUGUUUAUAUCCAACUGUGAUUUAGUGGAAUUAUUUAUAAGAAUUUCUGAAAAUACUAGAAUAAUACGUAAUCGUUUUUAGUGAGAAAAGCAAAAAGAAAAGCAAAUCAAUUUUGUAUAAGAUCAGUGUUUCUCAAAACUGGGUGAAUGUAAUUGGGAACAGCAAAGAAAUUGGACUGGUUUAAUGAUGGAAUCUAUAAUUUAAAACCUAAAAUAUAUAUUGCAGUUACAAAUAAUAGCAAUAUUAACAAGUACUAUAUUGAAAGGUUUUGUUUCAUUUAGACAUAUAAUUAUCCAUUUAUUCAGCAUUGUAAUUUUUUUUUUCAUAAAUUGGUUUCCACCUGCCAACCCAAUUUAGGUCUUAAAGGGACAGUCAAGUCCAAAAAAACUUUCAUGUUUCAAAUAUGGCAUGUAAUGUUCAACAACUUUCCAAUUUACUUUUGUCACCAAAUUUGAUUUGUUCUCUUGGUAUUCUUAGUUGAAAGCUAAACCUAGGAAGGCUCAUAUUAUAAUUUAUAAGCCCUUGAAGGCCACCUCUUAUCACAUGCUUUUUUAUUUUCUUUUCACAACAGGGGAGAGCUAGUUCAUGUAAACUAUAUAGAUAACAUUGUGAUCACGCCCGUAGAUUGUGGCAGACACUGCACUAUUUGGCUAAAAUUAAAGUCAAUAGAUAAUAAAUAAAAUGUCAUGUGAUUAGGGGGCUGUCAGAAGAUGCUUAAAUACAAGUUAAUCACAGAGGUAACAAGUAAAUUAAUAUAACAGUGUUGGUUAUGCAAAACUGGGAAAUGGUUAAUAAAGGGAUUAUCUAUCUUUUAAAACAACAAAAAUUCUGGUGUUGACUGUCCCUUUAAUUAUAUGUGUUGCACAUGAGUAAAGAGGUUUAUCGCAGGUGUUUGUGUGCAUCGGACGUAGCACGUGUAUUACAAGUUUAAAAUAAAUGUGUUUACUUGAGAGCAAUUGAAAUUAAAUAGUCUCGGAAUAGCGCAACAGCAGAGUUCUGGUUAACUGUUAUUUAUGAUAAAAAGUUGCACAAAAUACAUCAAAAAUACAUUUAAAAGUACAGUUACAAUCAUAAUAAUACUGUCUAAUAAAAAUUAUCCAAAAAAUAGUGCAUUAAAAAGUUAUAAGGGAUCAAAGAUAUGAGUUCUCAGGUGUUAGAAAAAAAGGCAUGCAAAUAUAUACCUAUACUGUACAUAUCUAAAUUUGUUUAUAUGUGCACAUAUGUAAUUAUAUGUGUAUAUAUAUAUAUAUAUAUAUAUAUAUAUAUAUAUAUAUAUAUAUAUAUAUAUAUAUAUAUAUAGACAUAUAUACACAUAUAAAAACACAAAUACAUAACUAUACACACAAACAUACAUUAUAUAUAUAUAUAUAUAUAUAUAUAUAUAUGUACAUUGGAGCCCUUUGUAGUCAAGUAGCUGAAAACAUGUAAAAUCAUAUUUAUGCAAUAUUCAUAUUUAAUAAAGUGCUUAACUAUGUAUUUACUAUAAAUAAUUCUCAUUCCAAAGUUCUUCACACAAAGGAAUAUGCUCUACGUAUUUUUAAAUAGAUAUCUAUAUAUAUAUAUAUAUAUAUAUAUAUAUAUAUAUAUAUUUAGAUAGAUAGAUAUAGGUAUAGAUAUAUAUUUUACCAAAAAAAACAUCAUAUAUAGAUAGAACAAAUUAUUUUUAAAAAAUUGAACAUAUUCUUAUUUGGGAAGAACAUUGGAAUGUGAAAUAUUAAAGCGACAGUAAAGUCAAAAUUAAACUUUCAUGAUUCAGAUAGAGCAUGCAAUUUAAAACAACUUUAAAACAACAUACUUCUGUUAUCAAAUUUACUUCAUUCUCGUUAUAUAUUUUAUUGAAAAAUAAAACUAGGUAGGCGCCUAAGAGCUCAGGAGUGUGCACAUGUCUUUUGUACUCUAUGACAGAAGUUUUUUGCAACAUUGUAUAACAAAGCUACAAAUAAUGUUGCAAAACACUGCUGUUAUAGAGUACUAAAGACACAUGCACACUCCUGAGCUCUUAAGAGCCUACCUAGUUUUACUCUUUAAUGAAAGAUACCAAGAGAACAUAGCAAAUUUGAUAACAGAAGUAAAUUGGUGUUUAAAACUACAUGCUCCUUCUGAAUCAUACAAGUUUAUUUUGGCUUUACUGUCCCCCCCCACACACACUUUUCGCUUUCCAUUGAAGUCUAUGGGGGAGUACUUUAACGCGGGCUGCUCGAUGUUUCAAGUUUGGCUUUUUACAUGCGUCAAGUUAGCACUAGUGCAAAAAAUGUUACUUUCAACUUAUAAAACGCGUGCUACCUGACAUGCACGUGAGUGGAAGCGAUAAAUAGUUCUCCACUCAUAAUUUGUUUUUCUGAGUUAAUUAAAAAAGAAAAUAGUGAGAAACUUUAUUAGUUAUCAGAUCAAGAUUAAAAUGCAGCAUUAGUAGAUAAAAUAAAGUAAAUAAAUGUAAAAAUAAACUAAAUCAAUUAAAUAAAUUAUACACUACAUGUUUAUGCAGAUGUAAAUAUAUAUGUAAGUGUCAUACACACACACACAUGUAUUUAAAAAUAAACUGUAUGUAUAUCUAUAUAUAUAUAUAUAUAUAAUAUAUAUAUAUGCACACUUUUUUUUUACAUACCUAACUUUCUCCUGAUGAGUUGAAAUGAAAAUAAUAUAACACACAUCAUUAGCUCUGGGAAAACCAAGAGAAUAUUAUUUCACCUUCAAGUCCUUGAAACAUCUAACAGCUAAGCAAUUGGUAAAACAGCAUUAAGACGCAGGAAGAAAAAAGGUCAUUUGCUGGCUCAGAGCCCGCAGAGACACUAAUACACACUGCAAAUUUACAAAUGGAAAUAAAGUUGCUGUAAGGGAGGUGACUUAAAUGAAAAGGCAAACGUAUAAGGUUAAACACUUAAAAACCUACUAGGGAAUGCAUUUCAGAAACAGUUGGAAUGGAUCUUAUUAGGAUUUAUAUGGAUGUAAUGUACAAAUGUGCCAUCCUGACACCUAUUACUACAAAAUGGUACUUCCAAUUUAGUGGAAAUAUAUGUUUGUUAAGUUUUGUUGUAACAGCCAAUUAGUUUUAUGUAAUGUUUAGGAUAUGGAUGUAAAACCUCUGAUAUAAAGACAGAAAGACAACUGUGAGAGUGGGCUAGCAUGGGCUGUGAAUAAAAAGAAACAUGUUUAAAUAUUACAGUAUAUUUCACUCAUUAUAAGGUAAAAAUGCAUUAAAUAGACAUAGAUAUUAAAAUCAAACUUUCAGACAAAGGGCGCCAUUUAUUAAGCAGGGGAUGCUGCUUCGGAGGCCCAUCGAUUAUAACGCGCCUGAAAUGUAAGUUAGGAAGCAGCGGUCGCAAUAAACGCUUGUGCAAUGUUAAAUGCGGAGAGCAUAUGCUGUCUGCAUUUAGCGUUUUCAAGCGGACUUGAUUCGCUACAGCUCGACAUUUAAUAAAUCAGCGCCAAAGUGUUAUAAGGGGGAAAAAAAAAUAGAUUUUUACAAUUCUAUUGCCAAAUUCACCUCUUUUGAGUGGUAACUUUUGCUGAAAGUUAAAGGGACAUUAAACACUAAAUUCACGCUAGAUAGAAUGAUACAUUCAAAGAAAAGAUUAGUCCAUGAGUAAAAUGUAGAUGUAUUUUUUAAAGUUUCAUUAGAUGUUUAAAAAGUGACAAAAUAAGUGUAAAGUUUUAGUGUCUAUAAAACACUGGGAGCUGCCAUGUUGUAACUUGUGUUACCUUCUCUGCUGUGGCCAAUUAGAGACAGUUAUAAAUAGGUCACUAUUUGUGUGUGCAGCCAAUGGUUGUGCUGGAUUUAACAGUGUUCUGUACUUCCAUUUCUAACAGGAACUGAAAAGCUCACAAUUUCAGAAUGGAAUUACAGGCAAAGAGGACAAAAUAAAUAAUGAAAGUAUAUUGCAGAGCUGUUUUAUAUAUACAAUAUAUCAUUUUAUAUUACCAUCUCAAAGUGUUUAAUGUCCCUUUAACCCCUUUCCAUUAGAGUAUAUUGAGGAGGGCUCAGGAGCACUAUGGCAUUGUGUUUGCAACAAUAUUUGUAAAAAUGUUAUAGAUCUAAUUUUUAAGACACAUGUUUACUCCUUAUCAUAUAUCUAAUGGAAAAAAGUUUCAACAAAUAGAUAGUGGUAGCUUGAUAAUACUAAUACAAUAAAUAUUUUUUUAAUUGUAUGUUCUGUGUAAACCAUUAAAGUUAAAUUAUGACUUCCAUAUAUAUAUCACAUUAAAGUUGUAACAUACUCUAUACCCAGUAUGUCAGUGUGGUAGAGGGUUGAAAUCUGCUUCCAGUUACUUCACAUCUUCAUCUUAAUCAAAAGCAAGUAUAAUAAGAAUAAUUAUUUAUAUCUCCAUAUUGGGUUUCAUAGACUUUUUUGUUAAUGUGUAAAUCAAUAAAAUGUACAGAUUGGAACAAAUAUCUGUCUUGCACUGUACAUUGACCUGCACUUUAUCCUAUAAGGUACAUUUGUUAUCCCCAUUUCCAUCCUCUAUACAGAUCCCUCUUGCUAAUAUAUUUCUUACCAUUUCCAGAUUAUAGGUUCUGAUUUAUGGAAAUUUUGUCACAAAAUAUGAAAAUGAAAAGUCAGAUACUCAAAAGAAAAUAAUUUUCUUUAGCUGUAAAAUCCCUAGAACGCUGAAAACAUUGCAUGAUCUACAAAACACUCAUUAUUAGUAGAAUAUUUUAAACAAACUUUAUUAGUAAUACAAUUUGUUACCCAAAUUAUUUUAAGAGAACAUAUGAAAAAUACUGUAUAUGAAAUAUUAGACAUAGGGGCAUAUUUAUCAAGCUCCAUGUUUCUGGCGAGCCUGACUGCUGCUCCAUAACUUGUUCGCCUGCUCGGAGGCUGCGGACAUCAAUACACCCAAUACUAUACGACUGGGCGAAUUGACACCCCAUGCUAGCGGCCAAUUGCCCGAAAAUCUGCAGGGGGCGGCAUUGUACAAGCAGUUCACAAGAACGGCUUUUGCAAUGAUAAUUGAGGGGAGCGUAUGCUGUUGGCAUUUAUCGAUGUGCGGCGGACAUGAUACGCUACAUUGUAUCAUGUCCACUCGCACUUUUAUAAAUCGGCCCCUAGGGAUUUAUACAUUAAUCAGUUACAUAAUUUUAUUUUUUUUAAUUACAAAUAAAAAAUGUGGCACAAGUUGACCUAGACAGUUAAUCUAUCUCAAAAAGUCCAGUUAAAAUUUGAAACUAUGUUUGACUGACUUAAAAAGGAGCUUAUAAACAUUUCCACUAGAUAACAAACUGGCCAACUGAAAUGCUUUGCUUGUUUUAACUGACUGCAAAUCAACUGGCACUUAAAUAAACAUAAUGUCAAGGCGAACAUGUUAACAUUUUAAAAUUCAAGUAUAAAUGUGUUUAAAUUUUGAAUAUAGGUUAAAACAUAAAGGGGUUAUUUUAACAUCUUAAACAUUAUAUUUCAUUAGCUCUUUAUGUGGAUUUUCUUUAAUCAAUGACUGAAAGCUGCACCUGCUAAACAUUUAACUUCUAAAGCUUGCUGAAGUUAGAUUCAUUAGUUAAAAUUAUAACAAGUUCUUUGGUGAAGUAUGUGAUUUAAGAUCCUUCUAAAGUCAGAUGGAAAUAUUUUGGUUUUUCUUUUCUAUCAAACCUGACUUGAAUUAACCAAUGAUUUCAAAGGAUUACUUUACAACUGACUUGCAUUCAGAGAACAGCUCAAUUAGGGCCUGAUAUUCAAAACCUUACUGGCACUGAGAGAAAUCACACAUCUUUGUUUGUUUUUUAGACCUUGUAUUGUUAUGUAGUAGUCUCCUUUUAACAUAAAGAACACUAAAUAGCAACAUAAGCAUUUCUCAAGAGAAAUAUUGUGUUUCUAAAAUUUUUUAAGGGCCUUGCCAUACUAACAACACUUUUUAGAAUAUCUCACCUGAGCGUCAAAAUUUCGAUUAUCAGUCCCCUAGCAUGACUUGGGUCAAAGUUACCAUUGUGAAUAUACUCGUAUUUUGAAAUUUUUUAAAUCCAGAUCACAAUAUGGAGAAGCAAAAAUAGUAAGCAUCAAACCUUUCAUAUUUUAUAUUUUAAAAAGUCAACAAAUGUUUGCAUCCAAUCUCUCAUUUAAAGGGAUACUAAGCUCAAAAUCUUUCCUUCAUGCUUCAGAUAGAGCAUGCAAUUUUAAGCAACUUUCUAAUUUUCUCCUAUUAUCAAUUUAUUCUUCGUUCUCUUGCUAUCUUUAUUUAAAAAGCAGGAAUGUAAAGCAAGGAGAUGGCCCAUUUUAGGUUCAACACCAGGGAUAAAACUUGUUUAUUGGUGGCUACAUUUAGUCACCAAUAAGCAAGCGUAACCCAGGUCAUGAACCAAAUUUGGGCUGGCUCCUAAGUUUUGCAUUCCUGCUUUUUAAAUAAGGAUAGCAAGAGAGCAACAAUUGAUAAUAGGAGUAAACUAGAUAGUUGCAUAGCAUUGCUUGCUCUAUCUGAAUCAUUAAAGAAAAAAAUUGAGUUUAGUAAGCCUUACAGAUAUUAGGGGAAAGUACCCCUCUGCAAGAAUGUUUAGCUAAUUAUCUCUUUCAUCAUUAUGAUCUUAAGGUUUCUUACCAAGGAAACUUGCAGUUUAAAUUUCUCAAACUAUAAACCUGAGAAGUCUUUAACAUUACAGGUUACAUAAACUUUAUGCUGUAUUGUAGGAAAAAAUGUUAAAGGCAAUGUACUUGAAGGUAAUAAACAGAAUCAAUUCUAAAAAUGUCAAUAUUUUUAGACAUUCAAUUUUUCAAAUCCUAAACUAACACAUGUACUUUCUUUUACAAAGAAAUAUAAAUAAAAUAGUAAAUACAAGGAUCUUUUUCUUAACAUACUUUUGAGUACUGUUCUAUUAAAAACUCUUUUUGGCCCUAGUUUUUGAAUCGCCUGCUGUUCCUGAAGUGUAAAUAAGCAUUUUGAUUUAUGAUGUGGUUGCAAAGAAAUAUGUAAUUUAUUUGUGAAAUGCUCAAAAUAAAGGAUGUCUGGACUUUUAAA